GCUCGUGUCAGCCUGAGGGAUGUCCGUGUCAUGCGAACAGCGUCGCUCUCUUCUUGUUCGCCCAUCAACACCUCCUUCGUCCCUCAACAUGAAGUUGACACUUGUCUCCGCUCUCCUCGCUCUUGCCAUUACAGCCACUGCGUCUCCUAUUGUUGGUUCCACCAAUGGCGUCUUGAAGCGCGAACCCUUGAAGGACAAGCGUGCCAUUGGCGCGAGCGUCUAUUACAUGUCCGAAGAAGAGGAGGCCAAACGCUCCGAGGAAGAAAAGCGUGCUAUCGGUGCUAGUGUCUACUACAUGUCUGAAGAAGACGAGGCUAAACGCUCCGAGGAUGAGAAACGUGCCAUCGGCGUUAGCGUUUACUACAUGUCGGAGGAGGAAGAGGCGAAGCGUGCUGAGGCAGAGAAGCGCGCUAUCGGUGCUAGCGUCUACUACAUGUCAGAGGAAGAGGAUGCCAAGCGUGCUGAGGCUGACAAGCGUGCCAUCGGAGCUAUUGUCUACUAUAUGUCGGAGGAAGAGGAGGCGAAACGCUCCGAGGAAGACAAGCGUGCUAUCGGUGCUAGCGUCUAUUACAUGUCGGCGGAAGAGGAGGCCUCUGCUCGGGUUCCUUUCCACUCACACAAGAGCUUGCCAAAAGUAUCUGACAUGCAUAGUGCACGAAGUGGUUCAGGAUCUUUGUGCCCUGAAUUGAGUCAUUGGUAUGUGGCGUCGCAGAUCAUGCCUUUCAAGUACUCAGAGCAUGAGGAGAGCCAACACUCACUUCCCUUCGCUUCUCUGCCCAUGAAGUUCACCUUUGUUUACGCCCUCCUCGCUCUCUCCAGUACGACUAUCGCGUCUGCUAGUCUGAGUUCCACCAAUGAUCCCUUGAAGCUCGAGGACGUGUCAAGAGACGGUCCUUUCUGCCUUUCUCCAGAUGCGCUCGCCGCAAUCCUCAAGUUCAUGGAGGAGGAAACCGAGGAAGAGAAGCGUACUAUCGCCGGUGCCUUGUCUCGUCCAUGGAAGAGCGUGUCCUCAAUGAUGGUUCCAGUUACUACCAUGCCACCAGGGCACAAACAAUCGGGCUCGGUAGCCCAGAACUACAAAGCGCAACUAGUGAGCGCGUACAACGAACUCGGCAAGGAGCUCUCGUCCACGAAGAUCAAAGUCGUCGGGAACUACACACUAGGCAAAGUCAUCGGCGAAGGAGCGUACGGAAAAGUUCGUCUAGGUACACACCGUCUCACAUCGACCAGAGUCGCCAUCAAGCAGAUCCCGAAGGGCCUCUCUGCAACCCUUACCCGCGAAAUCCACCAUCACCGCCAACUGCACCACCCGCAUGUUACCCAGCUGUACGAGAUCAUCGCGACAGAGUCUUCCAUCUGGCUCGUCACUGAACUAUGUUCCGGCGGAGAGCUCUUCGAUUACCUCGCAGAGAAGGGCCGUCUCACCGAGGACGAAGCUAGGAUCAUCUUCGGCCAGCUGUGUCUCGCGGUCAAUUAUAUACAUGACAAGGGUAUCGUCCAUCGCGAUUUGAAGCUCGAGAAUGUAUUGCUGGAUGAGAGGUGUCGUGUUAAGCUCGGUGAUUUUGGGUUCACGAGGGAGUUUGACAAAGGGGCGUAUAUGGAGACAUUCUGUGGGACGACGGGUUAUGCGUCGCCGGAGAUGCUGGAGGGAAAGAAAUAUUUGGGUCCAGAGGUUGACGUAUGGUCCCUUGGCGUGAUCCUGUACUGCCUCCUCACCGGCACUCUACCAUUUGACGACGACGACGAAGGUAUCAUGCGUAAUAAGGUCAUCAUCGGCGAAUUCGAGGACCCCGAGUGGCUGUCAGAGGAAUUCCGCGACCUCAUCAAGAACAUCCUGCAAAAAGACCCAUCGAAACGGUUGACAAUACCCCAAAUCCUCGCACACUCCUGGUUCACGAACCAUGUGCCGUCUUCCCGCGUCGUGUCACCUAUACCCUUCGUUCAUUCCCCGCCCAAUUCUACAUCAGCCACCAGUCCGGGCGAGACCGCCGAAUCCACCACAAACACCGCACCAAUUCACGACGCAUCUGGAUCCUCCGUCACGUCCGAAUCCACACUCUACAAUACUUCUUCUGAGUUCGAAGCUUCCUCUGCUACCUCUCCGGAUGACGAAGAGGACGAGCAUGAGGCACUACACCUACAUCGGAAUCCUAGCCAGUCUACGAUCAAGAAGUGGGAAGGGGGAAACGGCGGCCGUAAGGCUGCCGCUGCGAGCGUGAGCAAGAAACAACAGCCAGAGACAGUGGAAGAGGAGGAAAUGACGCCUCAGCCUGCUCAUCAAUCCUGGGCUUACCGCGACAACGGCAGUCACAGCCGACCGCCUUCGAGGCCUCGUUCUCCAGCCAUCAAUACCAGUAACGUCAACAUGAGAGAACCACCGCUGCCCACACGUACCCCCGUCCGCACUAAACGCAGGUCCGUCUCCUCGCAGCUUUCAGACCACGAAGACAGCGGCUCGCCCGAGCGACGCGAUCCGUCGCCUACGCCAGCCGAAAAGUUCGCGAUUCCGCUGCCUCCGCAGGAUUUCGCGUCGUUGCUCCGGACGCCGGCGCCGAUUAUAUUUGGGACGCAGUUGGAGAGGGAUUUGUUGAAUGGGCUGAGUGGGCUCGGGUUCGAUACGGCGCAGAUCGUGCAUAGCGUGUUGAGCGAUGCGUGCGACGCGACGGGGGCGAUGUGGUGGAUCUUGAAGAGGAGGGCGGAGAAGAAGGUUUUGGAGGAGGGCGGGUUGAGUGCGUUAGCGCAGGUGGAGAAGGAGAAGGAGAGAAAGGGGCAUGGGCAGAGAUCGUCUAGGAAGGACGAGGCGGGGAGGAGAGGGAGUGUGUCGGACAGGAGAGGAAGUGUGUCGGACAAGUUGAAGAAGAGAUCGGAUCAUGGACAUGGACGUGGGGGACGAGGAGGAGAAGAUGACGAGGGGGACGAUACGCCGAUGGCACCUACAAGGGUUCCCGGGACGAUGGCAGUUCAUUCUGCGCCUGAGCUAGCGUUCAUACCGCCGACGCCGACUGGCCCUUCGCAUCAGCAACCAUCGACACCACCACGACCUAGGUCUCCGAACAAUCCAUUCUUGACGCCUACGAUGCCUUCGGCUGCUACGAAUACCGCCGCCGACUCACUUAGCAAAUCGCAUCAGUCUUAUCCUUCGACUCCCGCCGGAAGUGUGAAAGAUAAAGAUACGAAGGAGAAUAAGGAAGGUUCAAAGGGACGCAGGGAGGGCAAGGCCAGGUCGGGAAGUGUCAGCAUCAUGCAGCGAGCGACUACGGCUUUGGAAGCCGCUGGUCUCGUGAGGAAGAGGUCAUCAGAAAUGGUCAAGGAGAAGGACAAAGACGAGAAGGGUAAAGGAAAGGAAGAUGACAAGAGGCCCUCCACCACGACCGCCGACGAAUCGAGGAGCUCACAUGGAAGCGCUGCGGGUAGGGCGAUGACAAAGUCUCCUCCUUUGAGGCCCGUGAAGGACACGACCGCGAUCCCUUCGACGCCUGGGAUGGACUACGGAGACCCCAUGACUUCUUCGCCUGCUGUCACUGGAUCGCCGUGGGUCAUAGCUGGUGGCGGUGGGCCACACGGCGGCAUGAGUUCUCCUGAUCCAGACUUGUUCCCUACCCCGGCAAAUUCGCCUGGCGAUACGCUCACUGCGUUGCCUAAUAUCUCUGAGAGCGGGAUCAAGAGCUCUGGUCACCAUCGGAAUCGGGCGAGCUUGUUGUCGGCGUUCCGCAUGUGGUUUAACGAGGAUAGGAAGGGGAAGAGGAAGGCCGGAGCAGGUUCAGCAAGUGGGAUGGCGUAUGGACAUGGACCAAGGACUCCAUCUUCAGGAGAGCAUAGAGGUACAGUCAAACCGAAGAGGAGACCAAGUCAGGGAUCGGCGAGGAACGGACAUCGAGCAAAAGGCCCUUCCAUCUCUUCACAUCGCUCCAGCAGCGUCAAUUCGCGCAGGUCAUCUACGGCGUCGAUGCAUAUGGUUGUUCUCGACUCGCCACAGUACGGUAUCGACCACAUGGUGAACAUCUCUAGACAACGGAGCGAUCCCAGCCGCAGGUCGUUUGGCAGCCACACGCCUAAUUCGGAGCGAGGAGAAUAUCCUUCCUCGAGACCUUCGUCGGUGCAGAGCUUCUCGUACAAGCACAGGCAUAGGAAGUCACCCUCGGCGAGUUCUGCAGGAUCUGUACAGCAUCUUGGUCGUGCUUCGCCUUACCACAGGCGGGGUGGUUCAGGCUCCUCCACGCGUGUCGUCCGCUCUCCAGCACAGAAUCUCAACCGACCCGCCCACGCACGAACCAACUCCGCCACGUCCUCAAUCCACUCCUUACCCUCUUCCCGCCCUGGCUCAUUCUAUGAGCAAUCCGAAGGCGAAAGCGCCAUGAGGACAGCCUCGCCGUUCCGAGCACACAACAAACGGUCCUACGAUGAAACCACCCCCCGUCGUAAUCCGCAUGCCCACUCCCAUGGUAACUCUACGUUCGUCGCACAGAAGCGCCAAACGCCCUUCAUGCCCCCAGCCGUCUCUUAUUCUUCCUCUGGCGGCUCCGUCGGCCGUACGAGCUGGAAGAAGUCAUGGGGACUAGAACCGCCAGGGUGGCAAAGCCGGACCGCGAGUCUACCCAUUGAGGUCCUCGCCAUUUCUCCAGCAGGCGAAGGAUCAAGCGGGAUCCGCGACGUCUUCACAGGCCGUACGUCCCUCAGUAAUCCGUCUGGCAGUGGCGGCGGCAGUGGAAGACCAGGAAGUGGGGGUGCUGGUGGCAUGAGAGAUGGAUUGGACGACGAAUCAGAUUGGGUAGACGAGGACGACGACGUGCCUGCGUUUGCGGGUGGAUUGGGCCAGGUGUCGAGUUUGGCUUCUGGGUUGCCUGUAUCCGGGCUGGGAGGCGGUGGUGCGUCGCCGUUGCCCUUGGAUCAAACGUUCGGUGGGUAUCCCGUCAUGGAGGCACCGGUGAUUCUGUCGCCUGUUCCGGCGAGGGGUGCGAGUGCUGCUUCGAGGUCAGCUUCGGGUAAGAGAGCUGGGAAGGGGACAAAUGGAGGAGUUGGCGGUGGUAGCGUUGCUGGUGGUGGUUCUGCUGGUCCGUCGGGGUCGAGGAAGGCGGGGCAUUCGCCUAUUGGGAGGAUAUCGCCGUUGCCAAUCGGGAGUGAGGACAGUUUGAGGCAUGAGGCGCCUGAGGCGAGGGGAGGACGGAGGGGACAGCUACCGAAUAAUCGGUCUGGGGCUGCGUUCCGGACGAUCGUCAUUCAAGAAGAGGAUGAAGGGGAGGAGGAGUGAGCGUGGGGUGAGCGUGGAUUUGAGCAGCCUAGUUCAGUUUGGAUUCUGUUCUUCUUUUCGAAUAAUUUCUUUUGCUAUCUUACCGUCGUUUUGUAUUCGACGCACUCGUCUCCUUUCAAUCUUCAAUUUCGCAUCACAUGUCUGGCCUGGCUCGUCUCAUAGCAUAUCUGAAUUCUCUUUCAUCAACCCUUUCUUUUCGUCUCUCCUCUGCUCCCCAUCUUACCUUUACGGCGACAUUUAGGAUAUUUUACAUUACGGUGCGAUCCUGUGGACCUGGACCUUAACUUCAUAUUUCACUCGUCGACUAUUUGCUUCGCUAUUCGCUGUCCCGCUAGCAGGGCAAUAUACACACGACUCUAUUUUCACCCUUGAAGUUCCUCUUGGGACUCACUUUGUCUUUCACUUCUAUCACAUCGUUCGGAUUCGGAUCCGCUUUGCGUGUGUUCUGACAGGCUUGAGUCCGAUUCUUGAUGUCAAUGUUCA